CUCUCACAUCACUCUCGCCUCUCUCUCUGACCCUGCUGCCCCCCCCUCGCAGAGAUGAAGACCCCCCAGCUGCUCCUCCUGUUGGCCGUGACUCUCUGCUGCUGCGUCGCCCGUCUGCACGCUUUCCCAACGCGGGGCUGUCGCUGCAUCCGGACGACCUCUGACCCCGUGCCCACUCGGGUCAUCCGGAGGAUCGAGGUGGUUCCUGUUUCAGGCCUCUGCCGUCGGACCGAGAUCAUAGUGACCCGGAGGAACGGCUCAAAGUUGUGUGUGAACCCGGAUGAGGCCUGGUUGCACGUCCUGCUCAGCAAACUGCAGCAUAACAGCUUGAUUUCCACCUGACGGCACCGGGGCCAGAACAUCACAGAGGACGUCUCACCUGGGCAGGACCCCUCACCUGGGCAGGACCCCUCACCUGGGCAGGUCCCCUCACCUGGGCAGGUCCCCUCACCUGGGCAGGUCCCACGUCGCUUUACACGGAAUGUGUGGAAGCAUUUUGGACAAAAGCGUUUUGAAUUGAACCCCCCCUUGAAUUAAAUAAUGAAUAAUGAAAAUAACAUUCAGUCAGGGUGAAAGUUUGCCGUGGUCAGUUUUUGUCAGAAACAUUUUGAUAAAACAUGUACACAUGUUGACUUCCUGUAAAUUUGUCUGAAUAAUAUGAAUCUGAUGUCUUUAAUAAACCUGUGACACAAAGCUUUGAACUGUGUUUUCAUAAAUAAAACAUCACAGACAAUCUUCCAAAAA